AUGUGUGCGCUUUGCGAUUGACCUGUCGAGCCUUGAAGGAGAAGGUAUAGGAGGCGUUCCUGAGCACUGCGUUUAGCGAGCUUGAGGUUGAUCUCGUUCUGCCGCAUCUCAAGGCUCUGGUUCAGAUAUCGAAGAAUGCGGAAUUCGCGUCAGCUGUACAGUGCUUGCAUUUUGCGCUUGACGAGGAGCCGUUUGGGGAGGUUCCUCAUGGCAGGAAGGGGGGUGGCUUGAGGAACGAAUUCGCUGAAAGAACUUAUGUGGAACGUGGCGUAGGCGUAGGCCUGCUGAUGGCUGCCAUGAGCAACAUGAAAAACCUGAAGGUUGUCAAGAUACAGCCGAUUCUUUGGAACUCGGCCAAGUCCCGAUUUAUGUCCUCAAAAUCCUCCACCUUGGAAGGCUCAACAACUCGACUGGCGUCCAUCGUUAUGUCUGCAAUCGUUCUGUCAGGUACAAGGCUCGACAAAUUCAUCUUCACCCGCCCUUAUGAAUCUGGCAACAAGCCGAGCGCGACGGUCGGCUGUCACGAAACCGUAUUCCAUAUGCCCCCGCAUCACAGGGCCUUGUUCAAAGAUUUGAAGGAAAUUGAUCUUGUAGCCGCACACCCUUCUAUGCUAUAUCAUCAGAUGCUGGACACGUUUUUUGCAUUCACUUCGGGUCCACGAGAGUCGCUCACGUCGCUGUCCAUCCGAAAAGAUGCACCUACAAUCGACGAUCUAGUCCUCGAUGCUUUAGGCACAGUGGUGUUUCCGCGAUUGAUUAGUUUCAAUCUGUCGGUCGCCUUGAUAAGAUAUGGCACCCCUUCAACACUCGAAAAAUUUUUCGCAAAGCACGGACAACUACAGUAUGUGCAACUGACAUACCUGGAUGUUGGCGCGACGGCAUGGCGCUCUAUCCUUGGGGGUUUGGAAGCUAAUUGCCGAGAACUGAUGGCUUUGCGGCUGGGAUGGCUCAGGCAGGACAACCAGCAGGUCGCUUUCGGGGACAGCUGAGUCUUCGAAAUCAAAAAAGGCGAGCAUGUGGGCGGUAGACUCCGCGAAGCUCAGCAAUGUUUGGUCCUCCUGCUUGACGACUCGGAUACAGAACCCGAAAAUGGGUAUGCCAAUAUCGCAGAAAUUCAGACUAUUAAGCGCCAUGGUAGCUUUGCGAUUUGGCGACGAUCUGGAAGAUGCGGCUGUACGGCACAGUCCGGUUAAGAUAAACAAGAGGUGCUUCAACCCCCGCCGUGUUCCACCUCCACGUGCCUCACG